ACGAGACUGCCCCUCCUCCGUCUCUGCGCCACCCGCUCCCUCUCCCUGUCCCUGCGCGGAGGAAGCCCGCAGGAAGCCACGCGCACACCGCAACCGCAACCGGAACAGGUCGACGACGACUUUCUUCGCGUCUCUCUCCUCCCGCCUCGCCUCGCCUCGCCUCCGAUCCGUCCGAGAUAGUAUAAAGAAGGCACAAAGGCGACGAGGGAGGGGGAGAGUAGGCUCGCCGCGAGAUCUGUGAGAGCUCCCCACCCAUUCUUCCCAAGAUGCACGACUUCUGCUUCACCAUCCCCUACGGGUUCGCCGUGCUGGCCGGCGGCGUGAUGGGCUACCUCCGCCGCGGCAGCACCGCCUCCCUCGCGGGGGGAGCCGGCGCCGGCGCCAUCCUCCUCCUCGCGGGCUUCGUCAGUCUCAAGGCCUUCGAGAAGCGCCGCAACUCCUACGUCGCCCUCGCGCUCCAGACGCUUUGUGCAUUAGCCUUAACUUACGUUAUGGGGCAAAGAUACCUUGAGACCUCGAAGAUUAUGCCAGCUGGUGUUGUUGCUGGUCUCAGUGCCGUGAUGUCAGUGUUUUAUCUGUUCAAAAUUGCAACCGGCGGCAACCACAUCCCUCCAAAGAAAGAGUAAACCAGGCUUUAACUUGUAAACUAUGUUUGAUUGAACUUGAAGACUACGAGCGAUUGUGUUUGUCUAGUUGCAUGGUAACUUCAGGGACUAGCAUCUUGUUCUCCUUUUGUAAUGUGGCUAGAAUGUACCAUGGUUUGUGAACAAUGUACAAGAAAUAAAUAUGCGAUUCACGGAAAUGAAUGUGAUGUUACUGAGGCA